AGGAAGUGAUGUACCAAGAUGGGUCCAAAACGGAGCAAACGGGAUAAGGAGAAAAAAACAAAUGUAAAUUAUAUCGGGAGGUAUUGUUUGGACAAUGUCAACAUUGGAUACGGUGAAGACACUAAAACGUUUCUGGCCCUGCAUCAAAUUACGAGAUCGAAGACGCGAAACCUGUAAUAAUGCGAAGGUGGUUGUCAAAAUAGCGGCACUGAAAGAUAAAUGUAAUAAUGAAGGAAUUGAAAAAUUACAUCAUGUUGCACGAAUACUAUCGCAAGUUCGACAUCCUCAUGUAAUACGACUAUACGAAAUACUGCAGAUAGAAAGAAGAUUAUAUGCAAUCGUGUUGGAAUUGGCUGCAGGAGGGACCCUGGAGCAAUAUGUGAAGUUGGAUCCAGGAUAUUUAUCAGAGGAAAUGACAAAAUAUUGGCUUCGCCAACUGGUAUCUGCGCUCUGUCAUCUUCACGACAGAGGAGUUGUACAUAGAAAUCUUCACCCUUCUGCCAUAUUAUUAGACGAUAAAAGAAAAUAUCUCAAGAUUUCUGAAUUCUCAUAUGCUUACAAUUGCCGCCAUGAAUCAGCAAAACAUAGUCGUCCUAUGAAAAUUCACUCGUUUAACAAUGCACCGGAGUUGUCUUCCGAAGAUGACUGUUUUAAUCCGAUGGCUAUUGAUAUAUGGUCUUUGGGCGUCCUAACAUUCUUCAUGUUGAACGGAGCUCAUCCUUUUCCGGGAAAAGAAACUCCCAAUAACUUCCAGCCUCCGCGUGACUGGAAGACAAUAUCUCCAGAAUGCCAGGAUUUGAUCUGUAGAAUGCUGGAAUAUCGUUGGGAUAGACGAGCAAGUCUUUUGGAGAUUGAGACUCAUGAAUGGAUGGCGAAGGAACCAGAUCAUACUUACCAUAAUCCACCGCCGCGUAACAAUAUUCUUCGAAAUGUUGUUCUUCAAAAGCUGUCUCGUAUAUUUAAAGUUGAGCUCAGCCAGUUGCAGGCUCGAGUCCAUGAAUACAGAGUAGAUGAGUUUUCAGCAAUGGCUAAUUUGAUGAUGGAUGAUUAUCUUGCAAUGAAAGAUGAAUGUGACAGCAGACACAAAACAAAGACGCCAAUACCAGCGAUGAAAACGACUCGUUCUUCGUGCCCAAAUAAUCAUGCUCUGAAUGACUUGGAUGGUUGUGGUGACGUCAAGUUUAGCCUUCACUCAUAUAUCGAAGGAAAGCGUGUUGAUUUUAGAAAGACAACCAAGCAUAGGCGCUGUCAGAGCGCACUUCAUGAACAAACUUACAAACUUCAACCGAGUGUUGACUACCGCGACAACACUAAUGCAAUUCCGGUUGUGAGAAGUGAAAUUUCACCAAGAACGUUCACCAAUAAUACUAUGCGACCACUUGGCAACGCUACAUCGUACAACAUGGCAGUGGCGCGCAAUUUGUAUCAGUCAAAAAACAAAUGCUCUUCAAAUAUUUCGCCAAGAUCACAUCUUUCGUUCUCUGCUAGGACAGUAGAAGAUACCGUAAAAAUACAAAAAAUGAAACCGGUUGAGAAGAUUUCAGUGAGAACACAAAAGAUUCCAAUCGGUCGUAGAUGUUCCAGUGCUUUCAUACCAAGAGAGGGUAAAGGGAAAAGAUCAGCAGCCGAAAAUCGCCCAAAAUCUUGCUCACGCUCGAUAAAAGUCAAAAUACAAAAUUUUACCAAUGUUGAAAAACCUGAAAACAAUAAGUCAACUCUUCAUAAAGAGGAAAUCACCGAUUUAAUUAUAAAUAAUAACAAUUCUAUGACAUCAGUUUGUGGUGAUACUCCCGUUGUAAAUAUUAGAGAAAGAUUUGCAGAUCCCACAAGCAUCAAACACAACACCUGGAUAGACGAUCAACCGAAGAUGACAAAAUCGCAUACCCCCACAGAGUUUAGUUCGUCUCACGUUCCAAUCAAAUCAACCAAGUCAGCAAACUCAAUUGUUAGUCUUUCACCAUCCGUGAUAACGUUAAAUGCAAAAGGAAUUGCAGAAAACUGGAAAAUGUGUUCCGGCUCUACUGCACCAAUAAAAAAGUUAAUACGAACAACGAAAAAGCCUUUGCCGUCCAAUGUUUGCAAACGCAAAUCGUGCAAGCCCAGAUUAAUCAGCGCAAGAGAAAAUCAACACUCGAAGAAAUCAACAGCGACUGGUGAUUUACAAAUUAAUGCGAAUUCUUCAAAAGGCAAAAAAACACCCAGGAAUACAAAGGGUGAUCAAGACAAUCAUAUUGGAGAUUAUAUUGAAAGGCUAGAAGUGACCAAAAGUGCUGGGGGUGAAGGAAUGAUGGGUAGUUCUGAAUUAGACGAACAAAAGGCAACUGAACGUAUGAAAAGAAAAUGUAUCGAAAUACUUUCUAAAUCUCCACAAGUUUCUUCGCCAUCUGUGAAAAAAAUCUUCAAUAAAACUACGGAAGAAAGUUCUAUCAAGAUAAAUGAUCUUUAUCAGAUGUUAUCACAAGAUCUUGACAUUUAUUUGAGCCGCAAAGUUCUUCCAAAAUCGUCAUCAUUAUUUUUAACUUCAUCCAAUGCGGCUGUGGCGGAGUACUUGGGAAGAACGCCUCCACAAACGAGAUCAAUAUCAAAACCACAACGCCCAUCAGAUACGAACAAUCGGGUCGGAGAUAAUUGGAAAUCAAUUCGAAAAUAUUCCUCACCUUGUGUUAAAACCCGACUGUCGCAAUAUACUUUACAAGAUUCAGCAAGUAGAUAUGAAUCGUCAUAUCCAUCACAGACUUUCAGAAGCUCUGAGAGUAAGCCAAGAGGCACGAAGCGAUAUAAAUCAACCUCUGACAUCAAAAGAUCAUCGGAAACCGAAAAGAGGCGGAAUACUAAGUCCGCGUAUUAUAAAAGUGGAAAAUCUUCAAGUCCAAGACAACUCGGCGAUGUUCCCCUCGGUAAUAAUGUAUCAACCUGCACAGCAUGUGAUCUUCAGGAUCUGAUACCGAUGACGAUGGUCACUUCUAGUUUCUUUGUGCCAAAGAAAACCGAUGAUAGAGAAGAUGAUACGAAUCCGUUAAAUGAUUUUAUAGUACCCGUAGAACUUCCAAAAUCUUAAGUUUAUGUAUUAAUAUAUUUGAAUGUCUCCUACAGUAAAACUUAAAAUGGCUACAA